UAUUGGACUUUCACCAUCAACAUGGGAGAUAACCAUGGAAGAUUGUACCUUAUAUCAAAAGUCUACAGUUGAAGAAAUUAUAUCAGAAUCAAACAAUAAUGGAAUUCCCUUAUGGUCACGACCACUCCCACACUCACCACCAUAGAAAUGAUGGCCAAGGAAUCCAAGAAAGACCACCAGCACAAUAUCGUCAACACAAUGAAUUUGCUCCACCAGCUCAGUACCAGCAGCCACCACCACCACGCUACCAACAACCUGGCUUUGAUGGACCAUCACAACAACCACCAUCUUCAUACUUCCAGCAACCUGGCUUUGCAGCAGCACCACCAUCAUACCAAACUCCAUCAUAUCACCACCAACAAACCGAAAUAUUGCCGCCACCAGCAAGCAAUGUGACUGAUGUACACCACAGUGGUGGUAGCCACCAGCUUGAACAUGGUUCAUACAACUACUCACCUGCACCAGCGCAUGUUACACAUGUUCCUCAUGAAAGUAGUCAAGAAAGGAUUGAUCAUCAUCAUCAAAGUGAAGGUCAUCACUCUUUUAGUCCCCACUUGUCAUCUUUCACUGGCCAUCAGUCUCAUUCUGGUUUUGCCUCUGAACUCUCCAAGAAACCUACUGUCAAAGUCUAUUGCAAGGCUGAUCCUAAUUUUCAUCUUACCAUCAGAGAUGGUAAAGUUAUUCUUGCUCCAUCUGAUCCCGCUGAUGAGUUCCAGCACUGGUACAAAGAUCAGAAGUUCAGCACAAGAGUGAAAGAUGAAGAGGGUUUCCCCAGCUUUUCUCUGGUUAAUAAAGCCACUGGUCAAGCCAUUAAACAUUCCAUAGGAGCUAGUCAUCCUGUCCAACUGAUACCUUACAGGUCAGAUAAUUUUGAUCAGUCCAUACUGUGGAGUGAGAGCAAGGUCAUGGAUGAUGGUUAUAGAGCUGUAAGAAUGAUUAAUAACAUUCGCCUGAACAUGGAUGCUUUCCAAGGAGAUAAGAACUCUGGUGGAGUCAAUGAUGGUACUACUACUGUGCUCUGGGAAUGGAACAAAGGAGACAACCAGCUAUGGAAGAUUGUACCAUAUUGAUGCUUAUGAUAUGGUGAUGCAAGUUCUGGAUCGAAGCUGUAUUGUGCCUGCUGAUUUAUAGCUUGGAUGGAUCCCUUUGCUUUCUCUUCUUGAGGCUUUUUGUGUGUUUUCUUUCCACGUGUGUGAAAAUCUUGAUGCACGGAGAGGCCUACUACCUGUUAACUUCGGCUGCUACUUUAUAUUUUCGACUAGUGAAUCAAAAGCAAUAAAAAAAAAUCUGCUGCAGAGUUUCUGUGAAUGCCUGCAAAAUCUGCCUAUUCAUAUUUGACAUUGUAGUUCCUCUAUUAUACACAUUUCUAAGCUGUUUAAUCUUUACUACUG